UUUCAGGUUCAACAGAAUGAGACCUAAUGUGUUAUUGAUACUAGUUGAAGACAAGUAUUCGCGAUAGAAUAAGACAACAUAACAAUGGAUGAAGACGAAAUUCUUGGUGGAAUAUUGAUUAAGGAAGAAUUUGUCAAAGGAGAACUUCAAACUGAACCUGGAGUUGAUGUCACUUCAGAAUAUACAAUGGAUGUGCACAAUAAUUCUGACAUAUUCGUUAAAACUGAAUCUGGGGUUGAUGUCACUUCAGAAUAUACAAUGGAUGUGCACAAUAAUUCUGACAUAUUCGUUAAAACUGAAUCUGGGGUUGAUGUCACUUCAGAAUAUACAAUGGAUGAGCACAAUAAUUCUGACAUAUUCGUUAAAACUGAACCUGGAGUUGAUGUCACUUCAGAAUAUACAAUGGAUGUGCACAAUAAUUCUGACAUAUUUGUUAAAACUGAACCUGGAGCUAGUGUCACUUCAGGACCUACAAUGAAUGUGCACAAUGAUCUUGAUAUAUUCAUUCAAACUAAACCUGAAAAUGAUGUCAGCUUUGAACCUGAGAAUGAUGUCAUGUUUGAACCUGAUGCCAAUAUAAAAUAUUUACUGGGCCAUAAUAAGAGACCAAGAUUGAAUGUUUAUGAAAACCCAAAUAUCAAUAAUGAUAUCAAGUUUGAACCUAGUAUUGAUGCCAAUAUAAAACAUUUUCUUGGCCAUAUUAAGGGACCAGAAUCGAACGUUUAUGAUAACUCGGAAACUAAUAAUUCUAAUCAACAACGACCCACUAUAGAAGAGGAUUCCAUCAACAAUAAAAAAACAUUUCAAUGUCUUCAGUGUGAUGAAAGUUUCUCAGUUCAAUACCAUUUGACUAUGCAUGAAAGAAUACACUAUACACGUCCUCUACUUGCAUGUUCUGUUUGUGACAAAAAAUAUACGCAUCAACAAAGCCUAGAAAAACAUGAACAAAUGCACACUUGUGAUAAUUAUGAACCAGAAGUGAAUGUUAAUGCCUCAGAUAAUAGUGAUUAUAAUCAACAACAAACACAGGAACAAACACCUAUAGAAGAGGACUCCAUCACCAGUGAAAAACCAUUUAAAUGCCUCCAGUGUGAUGAAAGUUUCAAAGUUCACUACCAUUUGAUUAUGCAUGAAAGAAUACACUAUAAACCUAAUAAUAAAAGAACUAUGAGAAAAAAAACAUUAGCAUGUUCAGAUUGUGAAAGAAAAUUUGCGCACCAAUCAAGCCUGGUAAGACAUGAGAAAAUACAUAAACCACACAAAUGUUCAAUAUGUAACGAAAGAUUUUCCGAACUUGAAAGCGUGGAAUCACAUAAAGCUAACCACGGGAAAUAUCCAUUCAUUUGUAGUACUAGUACAUGUAAUGAGUCUUUCUCUAAGCUUGAUAGCUUGAAAGAACACGAAAUGACACAUAUAAAACCGCAUAAAUGUUCAAUAUGUAACGAAAGAUUUUCCCAGCUUGAAAGCAUGAAAGAACAUCAAAUGGCUCAACACUCAGGCAAAUAUCCUUCCAGUAGUUCUACGUGUGAUGAGUCUCUCUCUAAUCUUGACAGCUCAAAAGAACAUGAAAUAACACAUAUAAAACCGCAUAAAUGUUCAAUAUGUAACGAAAGAUUUUCCCAGCUUGAAAGCAUGAAAGAACAUCAAAUGGCUCAACACUCAGGCAAAUAUCCUUCCAGUAGUUCUACAUGUGAUGAGUCUCUCUCUAAUCUUGAUUGGUUGAAAAAUCAUGAAAUAACACAUAUAAAACGGCAUAAAUGUUCAAUAUGUAACGAAAGAUUUUCCCAGCUUGAAAGCAUGAAAGCACAUCAAAUGACUCAACAUUCAUUCAAAUAUCCAUUCGGUAGUUCUACAUGUUAUAAGUCUUUCUAUAAUCUCGAUAGCUUGAAAAAACAUGAAAUAACAAAUAUAAAAGUACACAAAUGCCCAGUAUGUAAUGAAGGAUUUUCUCAUCUUGAAAGCAUGGAAUCACAUAAGGCUCAGCAUAGAAAAUAUCCUACUAAAUGUAAUAGGUCUUUCUCUAAGCUUGAUAGCAUAAAAUAUCAUAAAAUAAUACAUAUAAAACCACAAAAAUGUUCAACACAGACAAAGUACGAAUGUUUAAUAUGUGAUGAAACAUUUCGCCAACUUCAAAGCUUGAAAGAACAUGAAAGAGUGCAUGCAAACCCCUACAAAUGUUCAGUAUGUAACGAAAGAUUUUCCCAGCUCGAAAGCAUGGAAUCACAUAUGAGGGCUUUGCAUACACAAUUCACGUGCCCUACCUGUAACGUGUCUUUCCUUUAUCUCGAUGGCCUGAAAAAGCAUUCUAUAACGCAUACAAAAAUAUACAAAUGCCCCAUUUGUAUUGAAGAAUUUGAACAGGCUAGUAGCAUGGAAGCACAUCAAAGGACUCACUGGUGUAAGGAAGAAACACAAACUGAUAAAACAACAUAUAAAUGUACUCUUUGUAACAGUUCUUUCUUUUCUGUCUACAGUUUGAAAGUAUAUGGAAAAAAGAGUUCUGGUGAGAAGCUGUCUAAAUGCCCUAUUUGUAACAGACUUUUCUACUGCUAGCAUUGUAAGAACAUGGAAAGACUAGCACUGGUGAAAAACUGUUUAAAUGUCCUAUUUGUCAGACUUUUCUAUUGCUAGCAUUGUAAGAACAUGGAAAGACUAGCACUGGUGAAAAACUGUUUAAAUGUCCUAUUUGUAACAGACUUUUCUACUGCUAGCAUUGUAAGAACAUGGAAAGACUAGCACUGGUGAAAAACUGUUUAAAUGUCCUAUUUGUAACAGACUUUUCUACUGCUAGCAUUGUAAGAACAUGGAAAGAUUAGCACUGGUGAUAAACUGUUUAAAUGUCCUAUUUGUAACAGACUUUUCUAUUGCUAGCAUUGUAAGAACAUGGAAAGACUAGCACUGGUGAAAAACUGUUUAAAUGUCCUAUUUGUAAUAGACUUUUCUACUGCUAGCAUUGUAAGAACAUGGAAAGACUGGCACUGGUGAAAAACUGUUUAAAUGUCCUAUUUGUAACAGACUUUUCUACUGCUAGCAUUGUAAGAACAUGGAAAGACUAGCACUGGUGAAAAACUGUUUAAAUGUCCUAUUUGUAACAGACUUUUCUACUGCUAGCAUUGUAAGAACAUGGAAAGACUAGCACUGGUGAAAAACUGUUUAAAUGUCCUAUUUGUAACAGACUUUUCUACUGCUAGCAUUGUAAGAACAUGGAAAGACUAGCACUGGUGAAAAACUGUUUAAAUGUCCUAUUUGUAACUGCUAGUAUUUUAAGAACAUAGUUGAUGACAUCCAAUAGUGAGAACUGUGUAAUUGUCCUAUUUUUAACAAACAUUUCUACUUGUAUUUUAAGAACAUAGUGAGACAUCUAGUGGUGAAUAGGUGUGUAAAUGGCCUAUUUGUAACAUACUUUUCUACUGCUAGUAUUUUAAGAACAUGGCAAGACUAGCACUGGUGAAAACUUUGAAAGCCCUAUUUGUAACAGACUUAUCUACUAGGCCUACUUGUAUUUUAAGAACAUGGAAGGUCAUCUAUUUUUGAAAAACUGUGUAAAUGUUCUAUUUGUAACAGACUUUUUUCUACUACUAGUAUUUUAUGAACAUGAAGUCAUCUAUACUAUUAGUGAAAAACUGUGUGAAUGUCCUAUUUGUAGCAGACUUUCCUACUGCUAGUAUUUUAAGCACAUAGAAAGACAUAUAUUUGUGAAAUGUCAUAUUUGUAACAAUUUCUUCUACUGCUCGUAUUUUAAGGAUAAGUGAACAUGUUUGUAAAUACCAUAUAUGUAACUUUCUACUGUUGGAAUAUAAGAACAUGAAAAAACUAUUUAAAUGCCCCUUGGCCUAUUUGUAACAGUCAUUUUGUUCAAAUUCAAAAUAUUUAUAGUUGAAAUGAUAUUGCCUAUGUUUUCAUGUCAUUUUUGGAUAUAAGGAGAUAGAUUGUGUAUUAUUAACUGUUAACUGUAAUUGUUCUGUUUCAUAUUUUAUUGGAUCAUGUGCGUGUUGUAACAGUAACCAAUGUUAUAUUGUUACCAUCUCAGUUAGUAACAAAAAUAAAAUUAUUCUUUACUUAUUAAAAUUAUCCUAAACUAGUUUUGUUUUACAUAUGAUGAAGUAUUUUAAAACAUCUUACAACUAACCAUCGUUACAAAAUCAGGGUAUGCAUUGAAAAUAAUUAAUCAGUUUACUACACCGUUAAAUGAAUAACAACCAUUUUUCAGAAUCCAUGUGCAUAUAACAUGUAUAAGAGGGGGAGAAACCCUGGGGUUCAAAGAUGACAUACGCUUAUAAUGUAAAUCUGUAUUGAGAUGACAUCGUCGUUGAUUGGUUUAGCGAGUCGAUCGUUGAUUGGUUUAAAACUAGGUCAAUUUAAAAACUUUGAAAACCAAGAUGGAGGGUCAGUUUUCGACAAAAGGAGGUGCGCGAAGGAGGAAAUCGUAUGUCAUCAAUUGAACCAUGGGCUUUUCCCUCCUUUUU